AUGUAUACACUCAGCUAUUCGGCCGUUGUGCUCUUGAUAAUCACCAGUAAUAUUCAAGGUAAGCGUCUCAGCCAAUACGUGUCACAUUAUGAGCCUGUUACAUAUGAUCAUCAACACUUGGCCCAGAGUCAUGAUAGGGCCAAACGAUCAGUGACUAAUAGUGACAGUAAUGUGCAUGUAACAUUUAAAGCGCAUGGCCAUCACUUUCAACUCAGACUUCGUCGAGAUGUCGAAACAUUUUCAAAUGCCAUGGAAGUGUUAGAUAGUUUUGGCAAUCAAAUACAUCCUAAUAGUAUUGAUACUUCACAUAUAUACCAUGGACAUAUUGUCGAUGAAGCAAACAGUAUAGUAUUUGGUUCAAUAACUGAUGGAGUUUUUGAAGGACAAAUUAUAUCACCAAAAAAAGGAAACUAUUUUAUAGAAAAAUCUAGAAAAUAUAUUUAUCCCCAUGGUCAUCUUAAUGACAGUGAUAAUUUCCAUUCGGUUAUCUAUAAAGAAAAUGAUGUUGAUAAUCCAUAUCAUAACUCUUCUAGUCAUUUUAGUGGAUGUGGAGUUACAGGAUCCACAAAACAAAGUAUGGAAACCAUCCAAUAUUCUGGUAAUCCGUGGAAUAUUCAACAACAAGAUGAAGAAAGACCUGCUUAUAAAUACACAAGACAAGCAGCUGACAAGCACCACCAUGGACCUGUUAGAACAAAACGUGCUACUAAACCUAAAGAAGAACGCAACACUUGUUCAUUAUUUAUCCAAACUGACCCUUUAUUAUGGAAACACAUAAAAGAACAAGAUGGCUAUGAUAAAACAAAGACAAGAGAAGAGAUAUUAUCAUUAAUAGCGCAUCAUGUAACUGCAGUGAAUUAUAUCUACCGAGAUACUAAAUUUGAUGGGCGCAUUGAACACAGGAAUAUUAAAUUUGAAGUUCAAAGAAUUAAAAUUGAUGAUGAUGAACCUUGUGACCAUAAAUGGACUGGAGAACAAAAUCCAUUCUGCAUGGAAAAUAUUGAUGUUAGUAAUUUUUUAAACCUUCAUUCAUUGGGAAACCACGAAGACUUUUGCCUAGCAUAUGUUUUUACCUAUAGAGACUUCACCGGAGGAACCUUAGGUCUAGCUUGGGUUGCCAGUGCAUCUGGUGCAUCUGGUGGCAUUUGUGAAAAGUAUAAAACAUAUACAGAAACUAUUGGUGGUUUAUAUCAAUCAACUAAACGUAGUUUAAACACAGGUAUUAUUACAUUUGUUAACUACAAUAGUAGAGUGCCACCCAAAGUUUCACAGUUGACCUUGGCCCAUGAAAUUGGCCAUAAUUUUGGAUCGCCGCAUGACUAUCCUUCAGAUUGUCGGCCAGGUGGUUUGAGUGGUAAUUAUAUCAUGUUUGCAUCUGCAACUAGUGGUGAUCGUCCAAACAACAGUAAAUUUUCUUCAUGCAGUAUAGCUAAUAUCAGUAGUGUAUUAGAUGCUAUACAAGAUAAUAAAAAAAGGAAUUGCUUUAAAGCCAGUGAAGGAGCAUUUUGUGGUAACAAAAUUGUUGAAAAUGGUGAAGAAUGUGAUUGUGGAUAUGAUGAUGAUGAAUGUGAUGAUAAAUGCUGCUAUCCCAGGCAAGUUGCUGAUCGAGAUAGAUUCCGUAACAUCUCAGCUAGAGGUUGUGCUCGUCGAGCACAAACUGAGUGCAGUCCGUCCCAAGGACCCUGCUGUUAUGCUGAUACUUGCCGUUUUAUUCCAUCUAAUCGACAAGUUAUGUGCCGUGGUGAAGAUGUUUGUAGUUAUAGUUCUAAUUGUGAUGGUACCACACCCGAAUGUCCAGUACCACCUCCUAAGCCAAAUAAAACUCGUUGUAAUGAAGGGACACAGCUUUGCAUCAAUGGUGAUUGUACUGGAUCUAUUUGUUUGGAAUGGGGUCUAAACGAAUGUUUUUUGACAUCACAAAUUAUACCAAAUAUUGACAAACGCAAGUUGUGCGAGUUGGCUUGUAUGAAUGGUACUGAUUUACAAACAUGCAGGUCAACUAGUGAAUUUGCUGCUGCAGUUAAUUUACCUCUCGGUGGCAUUAGUCUAAGACCAGGAUCACCUUGUGAUAAUUUUCAAGGUUACUGUGAUGUAUUUUACAAAUGUAGAGCAGUUGAUGCCGAGGGGCCAUUAGCAAGAUUAAAAAAUAUGCUCCUCAACAAACAAACACUUCAAACUCUCCAACAAUGGGCUUUAGAAAAUUGGUGGGCUUGUAUGCUCAUGGGUGUUACAUUUGUAAUUAUAAUGGGAGUGUUUAUAAAAUGUUGUGCAGUACACACGCCAUCUUCAAAUCCUAAGAAAACCCCUGCUCGGAGAUUUAGUGAAACAUUAAGACGACCCAUUACAACCUUACGUAGAAUGCGGAACAAUCCUCAAACAUAUGUGUCACAACCUAGAUCAAGUAGAGUUCCAGCUCAUGGAUAUGGUGAGGGUAGAGGUCAUUAUUAUGCACCAAGAGCUUCUGCACCUCCUGCACACGGUCAUUCAGAUCGCCGUAAUGCAUUUCCAAUGAGGCAUCAGCCACAGCAUAAAGUGUGA